AUAGUUAUUGUUUGUCUGUUUACUUGUGCAGGCCUGGAGCAUCACUUAUCAUUCCUGGUUAACAUUUGUGCUGCUUUUAUGGGCGUGUCUGAUAUGGAUCACCCCCUUUGCGCGGUGGUUUUGCAUGGUAUCAUCACCAGGGCUUGUGUUAUACUCAGAAUUCCUACUUCUAGUUCAGUUUGUCUAUGGGCUAAGACUGAAUGAUGGAGAGCUUCCCAUACAGGACUCUACUGGUACUUUUGAUUACUCUGAACUUGGGCUCAAGAAGUGGAAAUUUCCCUGCAUGCAUUUGGCUGCACAAACUCUUUUUACAUGGGUGUUCUGGGUGACUUUGCGUCAGCAUAUUAGAGAAAAGAAGAUCAAGAGACGGGCAAAACAUACUUCACAAAGUGGAAUUCCACUGACAAGUCUGGCACAUCCUUUUGUUCAGGCUUUAAGAAAGAUGUCAUCACUGGAUCCACAUUCUAGUUCAAGCCCAUCCGAGUAUGAUGCCCUUGAUGAAAGAGCAUCUGAUGAUGCCAAGGCUUUGAUGUUGUGGGUAAAGACAGUGCUGGCCAAGUACUGGAUCAUUCUAUGCUGUGGAGCAUUUCUAUUGGUUGGUCUCCAGGAUGACGUGUCUGUCUACCAGAUUGGUUACAUGGCUAUUUUYCUCUUUAUUCUGAUCUGCUAUCAGAUAUCUCUCACAACAUGGAGGCUUGUCUUGAGACCAUUAUGGUGGGUGAUGGUUAUCUACUCGAUUUGUAUCUUGUUGCUUGUUUACACAUAUCAGUUUGACAACAUGCCGAUGUAUUGGCACAAUGCAACUGGGCUUUCAGAUCAGUGGUUAUACAAUCUUGGUCUUCGGCAGCACACCAAAACAAGUCUUCUCAUGGAGCUACUGACUCCAACAGCUUUCUCAAUCAUCAUUGUUAUCCAGCUUCAUUUCUUUCAUCGUCCAUUCAUGGCUAUGAUCGACAUACGCAAUGCAAAGUGUGAAACCAAUACCAACCCACAAUCCAGAUACCAGAGUAUUGGAGAAACAGUUGAGCAGAUACCAGAAGAGCAUGAAGAUGCAUCAAACCAACCAACUCGGAGGAUCACAAGAAGAGAUAGCGGCGAGCAUGACGUCACUGAUGGUCAGCGGCAUCCUGUCUCGCCAGGUCAUCAAAAAUCACCCUUAGUUUCUUGUCUCAUCAAAAUGGUGGAGUUUUACAAUGACGUCACAGUGUUGCUAUGGAGACUGGCAGAGCUUCAUAUUUCAAAGCUUGUUAAUUUUAUACUGAUCUGCGUGGUUGUUAAUAAGGUGUGUGCUGUGAAUGCAGUCAUCAUCAUCCUACUUGGCAUAUCUAUGCCGUCUCACAUGUUACAGCGAGCCCUGUCAUAUUGUUUUCUAAUAUGGAGUUCGUUGGUAGUCGUCAGUAAGAUGUUUUACCAGUUAAGAUUCGUCCAGGCAGACCUUUUCCAGCACAAUUGCACUGAUAAGUCUUUACCAGUCCCUAAAAAUGGCAGCCAUUUUACCAACAACGCAGUUUGGGUUGGUUUCUAUAAAACUGACGACAUAUCUAAUGAUAUCAAG